AUGAUAUCUUUUAGAAGAAAGAAAAAAGAAGCCGAACCCAAAGAGAUCGAGGAAGUCGAAAAAACCGACCCUAAAACAAUUUAUGACAACAUCGAAAUAAACAUGAAACUCUCGAGGUUAGAGGAAGCGACAAUCCUCACAACUGCCUUACGGCACUAUGUGAGGGUCAAGCACGAAAAGGGAGAUAAGAUCACCUUCCCGGUUCCGGGAGCGGCCAAAGAGCAAAUUCUGAACUUUUUGACCACAUCAAAGGAAUCAUCUGGCAGGAAAAAGGCAGCCAUUGAGGAAUUAGAGAGAAUGACUAGAGCGUUCACAGAGUUAUAUACUCAAUCUAAGAUAAGACUGGCAGAGAAACCGAUUGUUGAAAUUAUGAACAAUAUUAAUGCUAAGGUUGACAAAAUUACGAAUGAAACAACAAAUAGUGCACAAUCUCAACCCAGUUAUGCAGCCAUAGCGGCCACCAGCAACAAAGUUAAAAUACCACUUGGUAGAGGGAAAACGGCGGAACCUUCGAAGGACGAAGUGAUCAUAAUUUAUCCGAAGGAAGAUAACACACAGUUAAAAUCAAGUAGCGAAACUCUUCAAGCGCUCAAGAAAUUUAAACCCCAAGAUUUAGGCAUAAGAGCAAAGAAGUUAUUACCUGCUCAAGGAAAUGGAGUCAAGAUAAUAACUCCAGCAGCAAAUAUCAAUGAAACUUCACUAGAAAAAGCUGGACUAAUAGCCAGAAAACCAGCAAAGUUUAAGCCAAGACUGGCUGUGUAUGAUUUGGCAAAAGACUGGACAGCACAAGAAUUAGAGGAUAAAAUAAAUAUGGAUCUAGAGAUUUCAGAGGACGAGGCAAAAGUUAAAGCCCUGUUCAAAUUCGGCAAAAGAGAACAAGCUACAGUGACAUGGAUAAUUGAAUGUCACUAUAAAACUAGAACAAAAAUCCUCGAAAGAGGAAGAUUAUAUUUAGACUGGCAAGUCUGCCAAAUCAGAGAUCAUCUAAGACUAAUGGACAUCAGCAAGCGACUCGCGAAAGCAGGUCGUGAAGGAUUGAUUGAAAGAGUCCAAGAAUGGGGACUCGAACAGGCAAACCUGGAAGGACGUAUACAAGCACUCGAAGAGGAAAAUGAAAGGCUAAGACAGGAGCUUAAACAGGCAGAACAGAAACAGGUGUCGAUGCCAAUGUCUUAUGCGACAGUGGCCUCAAAACCCAUAAGCAAACUGACUGAAAAAGAAAAGAUCAUCGAAAGAUCAAGAAGGCAGCCAGAACAUACUUUGUUCAUCACGUCAGACAAAUUUAAUAACGGCAAAAAGGUACAAGAUGAGGUUACGAAGAUCCUAGAUCCAAGAACACAAAUCUUGAAAAUUAACAAAAUGAGGACAACCGCAAAAGCUCUGAUCAUCGAAGCGUCCUCGAAAGAAGAUCUCGAAAAGAUCAUGAGUAAUCCACACAUGAAAAAGGACUUUAAAUGCGAAUUGCCCAAAAAGAAGAGACAUUUAAUGAUCAUAUACGACGUGACUACGAAUAAACCGGACAACGAGAUCGUUGAGGAUAUACGAACACAGAACUUUGAGGAUAUCUCAGAGGAAGAAUUCCAAAAUGAAUUCAGAAUACGUUUUAAAACUGGGCCAAAAGGCAGAGCAACAUGCAACUUAGUUGUGGAGGUAUCUCCACAGUUGAGGAAAAAGAUGAGUGGUAAAAAACUAUACAUUGGCUUCACCAGUGUGAAUACAAAGGACUACAUAGUAGUCCCGAAAUGCCUAAAGUGCCAAGACCUAGGUCAUAUUGGCAAAUACUGUUCAAAAACCGAGAACGUAUGCAGCCACUGUGGAGAGAGUGGCCAUGAAAAGAAGGAUUGUCAAAAGAAACAAGACCCGAGUACUUGCAUUCCGUGCAAGAACAGGGGGAAAUCUUGUAAGAAUGGGUCAGACUGCCAGACGCACAGGAUGCUGCUGGACAGGAUGAUCCAGAAGACUGACUAUGGCCAGUAA